AUGCGGACGCCCUUUGAAGACGUCAUGUUCCAGGUGGCCAAACACCACCCUGGAGUCAAGAGCUUGGCCCCACUACAAUAUAUCAUUGGUGCCCAGCUGUUCGAUAUCAAUCACUUUAACUGUGAGGAGUUUGUAUCGUUAAUCGACUACAUUGAUAAUGUCGAUCUACCUCUCGUCAAUCUUCUGUUUCCUCUCCUGGAGAAGAAUAACAAGUUAUUUGUCUCAAAGCAAACAAUCAAGGGCAUCGCAAUCAGCAACAACAUGGAACUACUUCAAUACAUCCAUUGCCGGCCACAUCUCAACGUGGAACUCGCAAGGAAUGUGAGUGAAUGUUACAACUUUGCAUGGAUGUAUAACAACUUGGAUAUCAUGGUCUUCCUCGAUGUCAAUGGCUAUCGUGAUCACAUCAUACUUGAACCAACAUUCCACUAUUCUGUGCACCUUAGUAUUGAAUUAACGAACAAUCAUACUCAAGUCGCUCGAUACGUGGCCAGCCAGCGAAAGGAGAUAUAUCCUUGGCAACUUUCAACCGCAGUGAUGGCAUUGUGUGAUGACACAAUCCAGUUUUUGGCCAGUCAUUACCAGCAACAUGGAGAACUAGCAUCAGAAAUGGCCAGUUACGACAUAUUUAUACUUGCGGCACGUAACGGACGGUUGGACUUCAUCAGAACAUUCAUAGAGGUUAUGCACAUUGGUUGCAGCUCUCCCAAUGUUUUGGACGACGCGUCCUUGUCAGGAAACCUCGAACUGGUAGUCUACCUACACGAAGCUGGCAUGCCCGCCACCACCAAAGCCAUGGACGGGGCAGCCAAUGCUGGUCAUUUAGAGAUUGUGCGCUUCCUUCACCAACACCGCACUGAAGGGUGCACGAACCGAGCCCUGAAAUUCGCCUGCAGGAAUGGUCAUUUGGAUGUGACUCGCUGGCUACAUCACAACAGAACAGAGGGCGGUGUCAAGCAUGCGCUGUUACAUCUGCAAAAUAUUGAGAGCAAAUCAGUAAUGUUGGAAAUGGCUACUUUCAUCAUUGAGGGGAUUUGCUGGAUCUUAUACUUGGCCACCUUGGAUAUCGCAGACCAACACCGCCAACAGUUGUCAACAAUCUCAUACCCAAAGAAGAAUUCGAAUACGACUACUUCAUGA